GCAGAAGAAUACUUAAUUCAGAGGAGCGCCUCGUUGUCCAUAGUGUGCCAGUAGGAGCCGCCGAUGAAGAAUCGCCAAGACAUGGCCUGGGGAAGCGGCAUGACCUACGAGCUAGCAGCAGCGGCUGUUUGCGUGGUGCUGCUGCAAAGCGCGAUGGCUGCUUCUGUGCAACGGCAGCCGUGGACCCUGGAAGAAAUAACACCCAGCGAAUCUCCAUCACGAACAAUGAAGAUGGAUUGGGCAGGAGGUUCGGUUGUCCUCGUCGAACAGGAAGGACAGCUAUUUUCUGUGGAUUUCGGAGCGGAUACAAGUAAAGUGUUGGUGCCGAAGGAGGUAUUUGCUGAUGCUGGUGUUGUAGCGGCUCAGAUGUCAGAUGAUAAGCAGUACGUCCUCCUUGCCUAUGAUGCUAAGAGGGUUUUUCGACAUGGGGCAAGCGCACGCUACAUGGUGUACAGAAUCGACGAUGAAAGGGAAAAUAAGAUCCUUGGCAGAAGACAGAAAACAGGAGACAGCAGGGUGACACAGAUCGGCGGUGGAAAACGCCUUCAGCUGGUGAUGUGGGGCACAAAAAGCCAGCUGGCGUAUGUGUACGGAAACAACAUCUACUACCUGACGUCGCCUGACGCUGAACCAAUACAGAUAACCAAAGACGGGGUACCGAACGUCGUCUUCAAUGGAAUCCUGGAGUCAUAUGCUAACGCAUGGUCCCACCCAGUGGAUACCGUGGGCCAGGAUGGAUCGCUGUUGUUUUCUCCCGACGGAAGGAAGCUGAUCUUUAUCCAGAACGACGUCUCCUCAGUGGACAACGCCACAUUCGUUUACUACGGCAGACCUGGAGCCCUGGAGAAUCAGUACGCUAACCUGGUUACCUUCCGCUUCCCCAAGGCCGGCACGCCGAUGCCCACCGUAGCACUGAAGGUGGCGAGUCUGCCGUCUGAAGAUUGCCGCUGCCUGAGCAUUCAACAGCUGCUGGCUCCAGUCGACGUCGUCAGCGAAGACCACUACCUUGAAUCAGUGGCGUGGGUUGACGACAACACCGUCAUGGCUUGGUGGAUGAAUCGCACUGCAAACGUCAGGCAAGAUGUGAUCUACUUCCUUUCCAAUGACGUGAAGCAAAUUGCUGGGGAAAAGGGCCUAAAAAUAGAGCAGAAGAACGGCUGGGUUGACAUACAUCCACAGUAUUUCCAAAAAGGAAAGGAGACUUCAACUUACGUGACGAUCCUGUGGCAGCCUCAUGACGGCAAUGUUAGUUUCCCUCACUUGGUCAAAGUGUCGGGGAAUUCCACGAAAGCCAUCACAUCAGGAGAGCUGACAGUCACUAAGAUAUACGGAUGGGCCCCCAAUGGCACAGUGUACUACCAGGCCACCGAGGAGGGACGGCCAUCCACGCGGCAGGUGUUGGCCGUGGAGGAGGGUGGCGACCCCCGCUGCCUCAGCUGCGCCCUGACCAGCCCAGAGGGCAACGCCUGCCAACGGGCCGACGCCUCCUUCACCGACGACUUCGAGUGGUUCGGCAUCUCGUGCUUCGGGCCAGACCCGCGUUUCUCCAUGCUACUGAACACUGCUGCCCCCAAUGGCGACAGGAAACUGACAUCAAACAGCAAAGAACUGCGGAAGUUGUUGAAAUCUAGACUGCAGCCAGGGCGUCUGGAUGACUGGGUGGAGGUGGAGGGAGGGGUGGCAGCCCAGGUGCGCCUCCUGCUGCCCCCAGACCUCGACCCCAAUGGCUCCGAGAAGAGGCCCGCCGUUGUCAGUGUGAACGCCUACCCGGGUGCCCAACGUAUAGGCGACUACUUCACCACGGACAUCUCCAGUUACUUCAGCACCAACCGGCGAUACGUCGUCAUCUACAUCGACGGGCGCGGGUCUGGCUGCAAGGGCGACAGGACGCUCUUCUCCGUCUACCGGAGGCUGGGCACUGUCGAAGUGGAGGACCAGAUCAGCGUCACCAAAUGGCUGACUGAGAAGUACCCCUUCAUCGACAGCUCACGUGUGGCCAUCUGGGGCAAGGGCUACGGUGGCUACGCGGCGGCCAUGGCGCUGGCCAGGGAUGAGGACGACGUCUUCAAGUGCGGCGUCUCCGUGGCUCCCGUAACCAGCUGGAUAUACGCCGACAUACGAGAGUCAGAGAGGUACAUGGGCUUUCCCACGCCCGAGGACAACGAGGAGGGCUACAACGCCAGUGACGUCACACGACUAGCAGAGCGCUUCGCGGGAAAGAAGUUCCUGUUGAUGCACGGCACCGCGGACGACACAGUCCUCUACCAGAACUCCAUGGCGCUGGCGACAGCCCUCGAAGAGGCCGGCGUGCUUUUCGACCAGCAGAGCUACCCGGACGAGGAGCACGGGCUGAGUAGCGUAAAUGGUCACGUGUACCUUACCAUCGACGAGUUCUUCCUGAAGUGCUUCGACCGAACUCCUCUUCUGGUCGACAUUAUCAGCGAACUCAUCUCCUAGAGAUGUUUAUACUCCAGUCUUAACCACUGCUGUAAACUGUCGCAAAUGUUUACCAAUAGCUGUUGGUUUUACAGAAACUAGCGUUGUAGAUAAGUUACAUCAGUACGAUUCUACACACUGUCGAUGUUAAUUUCUCCUUCUCUUUCGACACCAGCUGCAUCCUAUCUUGAUGUGUUAUAUGACGUUCAGAACUUUAAAUGGUCCUGCUUAUACCAUGCAUUUUAUAUCAGACAAUUCAAUUUUCCAUUUGAGCAAAACUAAAAGUGUUAAUCAUAGUGCCUAACGACAGCAAAAGGUGAUUUACGGUUACAUAAAUUUUACCUGUCAGGCGAGAGGAUAUCUAGGUUUGGAGCUGUGGAUGGUAGACAAAUUAGUUUCGUGGAAGGGGAAAUGGUUGGGGAAACACAGUUUUUUCCAAAAUAAACAUAAUUUGUUCAAAAACUUUUAUUAAAGCCAGACAUGCAAGUGCCGCCAGUUUAUAAUGCGCACCUGCUACCUGCAAUGUGCUUAACUGAAACAGUAUAUAAAGGCUGAUAUAGCUGUUCCCACUGUUGUCGUUUUAUGCAAUCGGUAAUGUUGUAUUUGGCCUUUAUUUUCCCUAGCUCGCUACGCAUAAACUAUAAGUCCUACAGAAAAAAAUUAACACCACCGUUUUGUAGGAAAUUAAACGUAGUUAAAUUCUGUACUGGGAUACGUUUUCGCUGAGGCACGAUUUCCGAGUUAUUCAAGAAAAACGUACAAAAGGGAUCCUUAAACGCACCUUCACCCAGACUCAUCCCUCCCCAGUCAGGAUUUCUAGUAUGUUGUUCGUGGCACUCCUUCCUAUCGCUGUACAGAAAUUUCCAACUAUGCGAACUAUUCCCGACAUUCGACUUUUAUGGUCAAUAUUGAUUGGGCUAUUACGCCACCUGCAUAGUCAGCUACUUUGUUAUCAUUGUUAAUUUAAAACUCCCCGUCAUUGUAAUGAACGAGAAAAGGAGUUACGCAAAAAUUAAUAACGUUGACAAUUCCGAACGUAACCCUUACAAACACAGUAGUUUCGUAGUCAGAAGACCUGAUACCGAUGUAUUUGUUUAUUUUAUGCUGCUAUAAUCUACUAAAUUGUUAUGUAAAAUUUACACAUACGUCAGUUUUACAAUUUAUAAGUGCUCGACUAAGCUGGUCGCGUAAUAAGGCCUGUCUGUGAAGACCAAAAAAGGUAAAUAAUUCGUGCAGUCCCGAAUAUUUAUACAGUGAUAGGACAGAGUGUCAUACUAGAAAUCGUGAUCGGUGGGGCUGAGCGAGGGUGUGUGGGUGCGUUUCAAGGUCAUUUGUAUGUAUUUUUGUUGAAUAACUCGAAAACUACAGCCUCUAGCGAAAACAUAUCCCUGUACAAAAUUUAAAUACAUUAAAUUUACUACAAAAAUUUCCUGCUUUUUUCCCACUAAUAAUUUGUGCGUAACGAGCAAGUGAAUAUAAAAAUCUGUGUGUGGUUUAUAAAGGCUAGCUAUAACGGAGGUUGCAUAAAACGGCAACAGUAGGGGCAGCUGAAUCACUCUGUUUAGUUUCUAUGAAUUUGGCCGUCAGGCAGAUACGGUUCAUAUACAUACAAGAGUGUCUAUAAUCCCAUUUUCGUAGAUUUUGACAAUAACUAAUAACACGAGAAAAAAGCCUAAAAUUGAAGGUUCAACGCUACUGAAUCGGUUUAGCGUCCAAAGGCAUCUGGUACAUUCAGUUGCAAGGACAACAGUAACAAGUAACUGUUUAAUUUUAAAGUUUUACGAUGAAUGGCUGUGGGUACCCUUGCUAUCCAUUACGUGCCUUGAUUUUCUUCAAAGGCGACCACUAACUAUCAAAUAACACAAUACUUGGCUCAUUUUUGACAUCAGGCAAAUUAAGUGCGGUAUAAACCACGCCACUUGAGGACAAACACACACAUCUGGAUAUCUCCAGGAUGCCACUGCCAAUAACAAACAACGAACUGAAAUUUCCCUAGCAAUACCAAAAUAUAUUAGGACUUGUAUUUAGUAUCAGAUAUUUACCAGUGUUAAUAAACUGUAUUUUCUCCUA